AUGACUCAACAAAAUUUUAAUGUCGAAAUUUUUAACAAAUUUGGAUUUGAAUCAACUUCGAAAGGUAAUAUUAUAUGUCCUAGACAAGAUUGUGAAAUUGAGUUUCAACUUCUCGAUGGUCAACAAAGUUUAACUGAUGACCAAAAAAAAGAAAUAUGGAACCACGUACAAGAUGACCAUCCUACAUUAUUUAAACAAUUAUUUGAGAAAUAUUCAACAAAAGCAACAUUCACACCUCGUGAACAAAAAAUCGACAGUGCAAUUGAAAUAGUUGGGGCAACCUACGUAAAAAUUAAUCAAAUUCUAUCAAAAAUAUCUAUAACUGGUCUUAAUGAACAACAAAUUCUUCAGCUUAUAUCUCAAGAAAAUGCAAAAAUGGAACAAAAGUUAGCUGAUGUGUUGAUGGACGUUUCAACUCCAAGUCAACAACAAAGAACAUCAUCAUCUUUAGCUUCCCAUGUCGCCACUUUUUUAACAACUGCGUCGCAGUUACACGUAGAGCCAAUUCUGCGUCGCAGUCGUGCGUAA